AUGGCUCCCAAACCACCCCCAAACGCCAUCAAGACUCCUGCCGCGUAUGCGCAACAACUGGACGCCUUGCGCGAUCCGUUAUCCGUAACCGAGUCAGAGGAGACCUGGGAUGGCAUUCUCUCCCUUUUGAGGGGCAACGCCACCAUGUGGCCUCAGGAAACCGUCGUGUCCGUGCGUCCGAUGUCGCGCUCCCUCACCACCGCUGUGAACUCCGAACGCUCUCGGUUGUCCGGCGCAGCCAUCGAUUUCUUCACCGUCCUCGUCACGAACAUAGGCCCUGCCUUCGAAGGCCUGAUGCCCCUCUUCCUCCCGACGCUCCUCGGCCUGUGCACCCGCCCCAACAAAGUCUUCCAGUAUCGCGCGCGGCAGUGUUUGCUCACUGUUAUCGAGUAUUCCCAGUCUCCGUCGGUCUUGUCGUACUUCGUCGAGUCGGUGAAGGACAAGUCUGUCUCGCUGCGCCUGAGCGUCGCGGAAUGCGCGCUGGCCUGCCUGAACAGCUUGAACACUCCGGAUUUAGAGAAGGAGCCGCGGGCGCGGGAGAUUGAGAUCAUCAUCAGGGCAACUGCGACGGACGCCAGUGCGGACGUGAGGAAAGUAGGGCGGAAGGUUUUCGAGGCGUACAAGCUUGUGCUGCCGUCGAGGGUAGACAAAUUCACACAACCUCUCACACCGACUAUGAAGAAAUAUCUAGACAUCAAGCCCAAACCUAUAGCGAUACCGUCUAAUCCACAAAGCCGUCCCCCGUCUGCACAGUCUACCCGCUCCAACGACGGCAAACUGCCACCGUUACAAUUUUCGUCUUCGACAUCGGCCUUGAAGUCUACGGCCGGGGGUUCGUCUACGCAGGCGGUUCCAACGAGUCGGGUGCACAUGCGAUCCGCGUCUUCGUCAGAUCUUGCUGGGUCAACCGCACAAUCUACUGCGAUAGCCCGGCAGAGGCAGAUCUCGGGAGAAAGAAGACAUGUCGCUGCACCAUCGGGUCGUUCUGCAGCUGGUAGGACGGAUAUGCCUCCCCCAUCCAUUGUCCCCAGCAGAAGUGGUGCGAACAUCGGCGCGGCAGGCGAUAUGGGCAAGGGCCGCGUUCAAGGGAUCACCAAGGACUCUAGCGAUGACAGGUUGUUCCAGUCCACUCCAGCUGAAGCUCCGUCACGUUCCGCGACAUCGACAUCGACGACGGCAUCUCGACAAGUAGAUUCGGGUCCCUUCCGCCCGCAAGCGCAGGGCAGCACGUCGGGGCCGAGGAGACCUGUGGUUCGGCAGGAUGUACCGCAGGAACCACCCGGCCGCAGCAGAACGGGUCCGAUACGCCCUGUAUCAAGUAUGGCGGCGAUGCCUCCCUCGCGACAGGAAGUGGCGGAGAGACCCCAUCGCGUCGUCGGUGGUGCGAGGCGGGUACCGCGUGUGCUGCCGCCAGAACCAGAGCCACAACCUGCCGCUGUACCAGAAGUUAAACGUGGAGGUGACAACGCUGAACGCAAACCGCAGGCACCGCUUGGACCCGCUAAGCGGUCUCGCAGUGCGGAGCCUCGCGGUGGCGUUCCAGCCAAGGUCGCCGUUGUGCCAAAGACCAGGCAGGUAAAGCCUGCCGUUCCGAAGGCUAACGAGAGGGCGAAACCGAUCCCGAAAGCUGAAGCCACACAGCGCGCGGGCGUGUCCCAUGGAAGUACGACGGCUCAAAAGGGACGCAGCGACAAGACCCUACCACCUAAACGCGGAGGACAUGCGCCAUCAGGCUCCCGCGACGCGACAACUGCAGCUGCAGAAAGCAAGGAGAACAAACGCGAGGGUGGCGACGAAGUGCCCCAGAGCGCGACGCAGCCAACAGAGGUUCCUUUGCCUCCCAGCCCGCAUCAGGAUGCAGCACCGGCACUCCCACCUACCGACGUACCACUACCUCCGAGCCCACAGCAGACUGCGUGCCCUCCAACCGCCGCGCCAAAGAUCGAUGUUACGAGCGAUCCAGCGACGCCUGACCGUCCACCCAGCGCCGUUCAGCGUGCCACCGCCGUCGCGCAGACACCCAUAUCUGCGCUCUUCGCUGACAUAGAGCGUGGAUUCCUGUUCACCCCUGGGGAUCCGCUUUCUCCUGCGCAAACCUAUGCUGAGCAAAAGGGAAAUGCGCCUGUGCUUCCUCCGCUGCGGGCCCUCAGAACUAGCAGACUGUCCGAUAUUACGGAAUGA